AUGUCCCCAAGUGCCACCCGCCGUGCCCAGCGACACGACGGGGGAUACGCCACCAGCCCGCGGUCGCCCUUCUGCGUGCCGGAGGAGCCGCGGAGUGGCCGCUAUGUCGCGAUAUGUCGCGAUAUGUCGCGCGCGGUCCCCGGUCCCGCUGUCGCCGGUCCCGCGCCGCGUCCGCAAGGGGGCGCCAAGGCCGGCGGCGCUGUUUAUUGCCGGGCCCUGAUGGCGGCCGAGGGGCCGGAGCCGGGCCCGGAGGCGUCGCUGGUGUCCCUGUACCGCUGGCUGGACACGGUGCCACUGUCGCGGCCGCGCAGGAACAUCGCCCGCGACUUCAGUGACGGCGUGCUGGCGGCCGAGGUGGUGAAGUUCUUCUUCCCCUCCCUGGUGGAGCUGCACAGCUUUGUCCCCACCAGCUCCACGGCGCAGAAAGUCGCCAACUGGGGCCACCUCAACAGGAAGGUGCUGAGCAAGCUGAACCUGCGGCUCCCUGAGGAGAUGAUCCAGGCCCUGGUGCGGAGCCAGCCGGGAACGGCCGAGCAGCUCCUGCAGCUCCUGCGGGACAAAAUCCUCCAGAGGCAGACGAAAGGCAAGGGAGGGGCUGGGAAGCCCCCAGCGGAGUCGGCAGCGCUGGACGAGGGCAGGUACCUGGAAACAGGCCAGCCCAGGUUCCAGAGCAGUUUGGGAAGGGGCUGCAGCCAGGACAGCGCUCCCAGGACGGUGACAGUGGCGGUGCCAGCGCCGCCCGGGGCCAGCCCUGGGGACAUGCGACAGCAGCUGGCGGAGCGCGAGCAGGCGCUGCAGCUGGCGCGGGACACGAUCCAGAUCCUGCAGGCCAAGGUGGGGCGGCUGGAGCAGCUCCUGCUCCUCAAGAAUCUCCGCAUCGACGACCUGAGCCAGCGGCUGCAGCAGCUGCAGGGCCAGCGCCGCUGAGCCGCGACAGCGACAGCGACACCGCGGGGACAGCCGGGGACAGCCGGGGACAGCCUGGCGAGAGCGCGGUGGCUCCGGUGGCUCCCGGUGGCUCCCGGUGGCUCGACUUUGGUGGCUCUCAGUGGCUCCGGUGGCUCUCGGUGGCUCCCGGCGCUGGGGAUUAAA